AUGGGAGGCGGCCCCAAAGUUCCUUACCCCAAGCAUGUCUGGUCACCGGCUGGUGGCUGGUACACUCAGCCUGCGAACUGGAGGAUGAACACCGCCAUCAUUGGCACUGUCAUGGUUGGCGUUGUUGCCGCCAUCUGGAAGAUCAGCGCCGAGAAGGAGGUCCGCUACGUGAUGCCUCAGGAGGGCCGUUUCUUCCCCAGCAGAUACUGGUCGAAGCAAUUGAUCGAGUAUGACAGAGAACAGGCCGCGAAGAAGGCCAAGGAAACGGACCAGGCACAGGCCAUUCAGAACUCAUAA